AUGACCAGUCGUAAUUGCGGUGUAGGGUAUGAUACAUGGAGUUUCAGAAGCGGUGAGGACUCCCUAACACCUCGUGUGGAGGCUGCGAUUGCGAACUACAUGGUACGAAAAUAUGCAGACCCAGCUGGUAAUGCUAACGCUGCACUCAGCAUGGGAGAACCCGAGGAACCAGGUCCAUCGUCGUCCGGGAUGUCGAAUAGACCCGCAAAUAUUAUACCAAUUAGCCACAAUCAUCUUGAACAUCCUGCGAAUAACCUAGUCGUAGCGGGAAGACGUUCAAGUCCUGUACCAGAGCCGAGAAGUUCCAGAAGUUUAGGAGGAAUGUCACGCCGUGCUGCGAACGCCGUGGACGACAAUCCACUUGGAUGGCAGGGUGCCAAGACUACACUGAAGGAAAGAAUAAGCUACAUGUAUUGUAAAGACGUUCUCGCCGAUGUAUACUUCACGGUUGGAAAAGACGACAUGAGACAGCGAAUACCUGCUCAUAAGUUUGUUCUAUCAAUCGGCUCUGUUGUCUUUGAUUGCAAUGUUCAAUGGUGGUCUCACUCCACAAAACUCCAGAGGUUGUUGAGCAACCCAUUGGAGAUUGAACUGCCCGAUGUUGAAGUUCCUGCGUUCCGUGCCCUCUUACGAUUUUUGUAUUCUGAUGAAGUUGAAAUAGGACCAGAAAGUGUUAUGACUACAUUAUAUACAGCAAAGAAAUACGCUGUGCCCGCGAUGGAGACUGCAUGUGUUGAAUUUUUGAAGCAAAGUCUUGGAGCUGAUAAUGCAUUCAUGCUGCUAACACAGGCUCGACUAUUUGACGAACCGCAACUCGCGAAGUUAUGCUUGGAAAUCAUUGAUAAAAACACGGCGGAAGCGUUGAAUGGCGAAGGGUUCACUGACAUUGACCUGGAAGCGCUAUGUCUUGUUCUCGCCAGAGAUACUCUGAGGGUCAAGGAAGCUCAGCUAUUCCAGGCUGUGGUUCGCUGGUCAACUGAAGAAUGUGCUCGUCGUGGACUCGAACCAACCACAGAAAAUCGACGAGCUGUGCUGGGACGUGCUGUGCAAUUGAUCCGCUUUCCCUUAAUGACAGUAGAAGAAUUUGCACAAUCAGCAGAGUUAAACGUAUAUUAUAUUCCCGAUAAGGUCCCAGUUUCAGCUCAGUCCGGACUACUAACCGAUCGUGAGGUUGUUAACUUGUUCCUUUACUUCACCGUGAAUCCAAAACCAUCAAUAGGAUUUAACGACAACCCACGAUGUUCGGGCGCUGGUAAGGAAUUGGUGGUCAGUCGUUUCCAACGCAUUGAAGGUCGAUGGGGUUACAGCGGCACACCAGACAGGAUCAAGUUCACUGUCGACAGAAAAAUCUUCGUUGUUGGUUUCGGCCUAUACGGUGCCAUACAUGGCCCUCAUGAAUACCAGUGCGUGAUUCAGAUUAUUCACUGCGGUACUGGAAAAGUGCUGGCACAAAACGAUACGUCAUUUGUGUGUGAUGGUUCUUCAUCGACCUGCCGAGUAUCGUUCCGAGUCCCUGUUGAAAUAACACCUGGAGUCACCUACAUUGCAAGUGCCUGUUUGAAGGGCAUGGACUCGCACUAUGGUACCAAGGGUCUGCGACGCAUAGUACAUCAGUCAGCUGCUGGAGGUGUCGUCACCUUCCAGUUCACAUAUGCAGCUGGCAAUAAUAACGGAACAAGUGUUGAAGAUGGACAAAUACCAGAAAUCAUCUUCUACACCAGUAGCAGUUGA